UUUGGAGCGUCAUUCUUAUGAUUUACUCACAAACCGGGUGGCGUCUCUUUACAUUUAGUUGUAUCAUCUGUGUUGAGAGGACGAUGCCUUUGAGGACCGGACUUUUUCUCCUGAUGGUGCUGAAUGCAUCUGCUUAUGAACUGGAUCAAAACGAGUCCUAUUCGCCCAGGAGAGCACGCUUUUCUGCCAAUAGCCCUUCAGAUGUGGCACGCUGUCUCAACAGUGCCCUCCAAGUUGGCUGCGGAGCCUUCGCCUGCCUGGAAAACUCAACUUGUGACACAGAUGGCAUGCAUGACAUCUGCAAGUCCUUCCUAUACAGUGCUGCUAAAUUUGACACUCAGGGUAAAGCAUUUGUGAAAGAGAGCCUUAAGUGCAUUGCCAAUGGCAUCACCUCGAAGGCAUUCCCGACCAUCCGCCGCUGCUCCACCUUCCAAAGAAUGAUAUCUGAAGUUCAGGAGGAGUGUUACAGCAAGCUGGAUAUCUGCACUGUGGCCCGAUCUAAUCCAGAUGCUAUUGGAGAAGUGGCACAGCUACCGAGCCACUUUCCUAAUAGGUUUUACGGUAAGCUGCUACAGAGUCUGAUGGACUGUGACGAGGACACGGUGGAUCGUGUCAGGACCAGCAUGGUGUCACGGCUGGGCCCAGAGAUGACCAUGCUUAUUCAGCUGCUGCAGAACAAGCCCUGCCCCUCCACCGCUGUGGCUGCAGCUGCCGCUGCCGCCGUCCCGACUGGAGUGGAGGGCCGUGGGAGCUGGCGCUGGUCCAUGGGUCCCCAUAUGUACAAGAUCCAGCCUAAUCUGCGAAACAGAGACUCAGCCAGUCAUUUUGGCAAAAAACGCUCUGCUGGUGACAGCUCCUAACUUUCUCUCAGAUUCAGAAAAAAAAAAAAAAAAAACAACAAAAACAAACUCCACACACUCCUGAAAACAUCAUGAAAGCUCCUCUAUUCCCUCGGGGUGGUCAAAUCCUUCCUCUGCUAGACUGGAAGUUGCAGAAAUGUGCACCUCGAGGGAAUGCCGGAACGCCCAUAGAAUCGAUAUCAGUUUGAUUGUUGUUAAAUACUAUAUCCUACACUUUAGGCUUGAGAGAACCCCUCUUCCAUCGACUGUUUUCAAAUGUGUCCGCUCAAAGUUAGUGUUGAACACGUGGCUGUUGCGUUUGCAGCACGGCCCUGUUCACUCUUUACAUCCUCCAGCUGAGAUAAAUCCUUGAGAAGUCUUUUGAUGCCAAGCAAAAAGAAAAAG